AUUGACGUUGUAUGAUUCAAGCAAUUAUAGACUGAGCUGUCACACACAUACGGAUAGACUAGUUAAACUACUUAAUAAAGAUUAAUUAUUAGUUAUAAUAAACAUUACAUAGGCAUAUUUCAAAACAAUUAUUAAGCAAUGUUUAGAAUUGGUGUACACAACAGGGCAUUUACCAGAAGAGCCUUUGGUCAAUUAAGAUUUAACUCCACCAAGGCCCCAGGAGAAUUCACCUGGGUUGAUUACUUCCAAUUGAAGAAACAAAAUAGCAGAUUGAAUAUGUUUUCUGGAGCCGUGACUGGGGUAUUGGGGAGUGCUUUAACUUUAGGAUAUUUGGGUAAUAUUGAAAUCGAUGUGGAAAAGCCAAUCUUUGGCUUUGAUCCACUUAUGGUUAUGGGAGGUACCGUUAUACUUGGGGGUCUUGUUGGGUACUUGGUUGGUCCAUUCAUGGGGUCUGCUGUGUUCAAGAUGAUGCAUAGAUCUAAGAUGGCCCAAUUUGAAGUGAGAAAUAAGGAGUUUUUGCAAAGACUUCGUAGAAAUAGACCAGAUCCUUCUUCGCAAAGUUUCUCGAAUCCAAUUCCUGAUUAUUAUGGGGAAAAGAUUUAUUCAUUGAAGGAUUAUCAACAAUGGUUGAGGGAUUGCAAUGCCUUCAGAAGAAAGGCCAAGGAGUUCCUUUAGAUAUGCCCAAGAGCAGAGUUAUGUGAAGAAUCAUAGACUUGAUAGUGAAAAGUUCAUCUGUAUAUAGUGCGUAUAGCAUCUAAAACUAAUAAAAGCAAAAUUGAAGAGACAUAUUGGUUUUAAGUUAUACUCCUAUACCUUUUUGGUCGUAUGGAGAUAGUAUAUAGAAAUAAUAGUAGAAAAGAACACUUUCCUAUUGUUUUGACAUUU